AGCUCUGAAAAACAUUGAUAUUCUUAAUUAUAAGCUUCUUGUAAGGUGUAACUGAAAUAACUGUGUACUGUUUUCCUCUAAAACCCAGGUACAAUAUCCCUGAGUUGGGUAGCGACAGGAAUACACGUGGGGGCUACAGCUCUAGCUACACUCUUCACUGACAAUAGAAUAUUCCUUUCUCAGCACACUCUUCAGUGCACCUUCCAACACCAUCACUUCUCGGCGUGGGUAACGUUGUCUAUCUACCUCGGAUUGGGAAUUCCUACCCUGUUUUUUCACAUAAUUGGUUACACUGCCAUGUUUUGCAAGAUAAGGGGAAGAGUCAAAUUAGCAGAAUCAUCUUUCAAAUUGCUCAAGAUUGGGAUGAUGGUUGCGGGUGCCUUUUCAAUAACUUGGCUACCUCAAGUUGCAAUGAAGAUAAUCAAUCACACUCAGAUGGAGAGGAAUCAGCAAGUUCACACCCGUCUACCGAACAGCGUGGAGUUCAUCUGUUUCAUCCUCAGCAACUCCUCGCCAGUGCUAAACUGUAUCAUUUACAUAUUUGCCGUGAAGAACAUCAGAAAGACCAUUGUCUCAGGGUACUCUCAGCAGAUGGUACACGCAGUGAGGAAAGUUAGCAGUAUUAGAAGACGAGUGAGUGAGUCAGCACUGAUGACAAACCAGAGAUUCCAGUUAAAAAGGACUCGCACAACUAACGAUAUAGACAAUCGGGUUAUUCUGCCAAGGGUUCAAGAGAUUUCUUUAGAUGAUCAAGUCAGCAUGCCACUAUGCAAUAUCAAUAACCAUGAGCAACGUGAUGCUGUAGAUUCGACAGAUGUUGGAAUUAUACAAAAACAGUAUUCACUAGAUUCAGUUUAGACAUAUUAAUAGCUCGUUAUUUGCUAAUAUUUUAACGGCAGUGGAUACUGGAUAUGAACUAUGAAAAACGUGGCGAGAACUCGAGUGCACGAUUUUAUAGAUUUACCCUCGACAUUUCAUUUCGGGACUUUUGACCACCAAUUUGAACCGAAGACCUAUCUAAAAUCUAUUUAAUUUUAUACUUUAUAGCUGAUUAUCAUGAACGUAUUAAGAUAUUCAAGUGAUGGUAUGAAUAGUCGAUGAAUUUACUUUAGCUUUAAAUAGUAGGUCUCAAAAAGUCGACAAUCAUGAA